AACCUUCAGGUUACAGCAGAAUGAGACAAAUGGUACGACGGGCUGUGUGGACGUCGGGUAGGGCCGUACAGCGAGGAAUGGAGACGGCGACGGUGGCACGACUCGCUAGUGGUGGCUACGAUGAGGCCCGGCUCAUCUGCAAAACAAUUGCCAGUACUUCUCGCGGCCUCAGUGACAAAGCUGACCAUGACACAUCUUGUAAGUCAGGCACGCUUACGGGCUUGGUAAACCAUUUUGAUGGGACCAGCACCUCCAUAGGGUACGGCUCUGGCGUGUUUGAGCAGGCGGGCUACGGCAGUGGCUCCAGGCCGCAGAUCGACCUAGUUCACGUGGUGGAUUCCACCAGUGCAUUCCACCGCCAAAACCUUAAUAAGUAUCCACACCACUACUCAGCCUUAAAAUACCUUGGUGUGCGUGCCAUUGACUGGGUGCAGCUGUGGGGGCCCGGGCUCUACUUUAUGCCAUUUGUGCACAUGGAUGGUCACGUGAUCAAAUACGGUAUUGUGAGUGAAUCGACCGCCAUUCAAGAUAUCGUUGAGUGGCGGAAUAUGUUCCUUGCGGGACGGCUCCAAAAGCCGGUACGCUUCAUUGGCGGUGACGGAACCCUUGCCAAGCUAAAUGAGUAUAAUCUCCACAGUGCGAUGGUGGUUGCGGUGUUAUUACUCAACACCUCCAACUUCACCAAAACCGCACUUUACGAGACCAUUACCCUGUUGUCAUACUUAGGCGAUCCGCGGAUGUCGGUGGGAGGAGAAAACCCCAACAAGGUAAGAAAUAUUGUCAGCAAACAAUAUGAUAGGUUUGACCGGAUUUAUGGACCGGUUUUGAACGGUUUGAAAUCCAGACAGUUGCUACAGAUCGACGAACCAGCGGGCCAGAUCCGCGUCACAAUUGGAUCCCAUUCCCGUCAUGAGCUCCUUUUACAAUUGCCCAAACAUUUUCGGCUGGUUUUGCAAAGCAACAGUGGCCAAACACUUGCCCAACUUGCACAAUCUCCGCAACUUCAACAUCAAAUGGCACAGGCGUUACGCAAAACUGUGUCAUACCCCGCGGUGGUACAAAGCGCCAAAGGCCUUAUCACUGCAGGCAUCUACAAGAGCAUUUCGUAUCUUAUCCAAAAGCGGAUUAAAUACUUACGAGGGUGAAUUUGGAGUUGACACCAAACUGACAGCUUAAUAAAACAAAGUGUUUCAGGCGCGUGUAGCGAGGCGGUGAGUUUAUUAGCCGGUGUGCUUGACCUAGAGGUAGGAAGAACAAAAAUAAUAUAUCGGGGCUGAACAUCUAUAAGCAGGUCGAAGAUCUUUCUGCAUAGGCUGAAUAGGGAAUGCUCGCACCCAGAUAUUUUAAAGUUGCUCACUGAUUGGGGAAUACGGUUAGUAGCCUACAAGUUUAUUGCGAAGAUCCCAGUUGCUGGAGGCUCGGUCAGGGCGAGCAUCAAAAUAACCAAAAUUUAGCCAGAUCGCCGUGGCAAGGCUUGCAAACCAUAGCUAGUUAUUAGUCUCAUUUGCCGCCGCGGGCCAACAUCUUUUUAAAACCGAUGAGAACAAUACCCAAAAAUGCGGCGCUUGAUAAUGGAUGGAGCAAAUCGAAAACAAAGUGUGGUUUCACUGCAUAGGAGAUCCCCAGUUCUUUAUUCAUAUGUUGUAUUUAUUAGAUUAUGCAUCUUUGUUGCUUAUGCAUGCAGUAAAAGAGAAAAAAUAAAUCGACCGGGACCUCGGAUCGGGCUUCAAACGCGCCCAGUGUCUGGUCUGGUAGAUAGCACAUUAUACAUUAUUCAAUUCAUUAAUCACUAAUACCUAUUUACUCAGAAAACCCUUAUCAAGGAUCUUUAAUGUUUCAUUAUCACCAAUACGAGUGGUGGGAGAUUUCUUCCCUCCAGCUACCGUAGAAGCAUAUAUCCCCCCCACGACUUCUGGAGCCUUAGAGCGAGGAAUCGCUGGGAAUCUGUCGAGAUGUGAAUGUUGAUAGGCCUCUGGCACCGAGGCAUCCACCGUGUUCCCGGUGGAAUAAAAAUACCCGGGAUAGACCGAGUAUUGAUAGUAUGGCAGCUGUGGGGGGAGAUACUGGCCCUGUUGGGUAGGAUAGUGGUAUUGUUGAGGCUGAUGGGCUUGAAACAGUGGGUGCGGGUGCGGUUCGGCCACCGUUACCGGCAGACCUUGUACCAGUGAACGCAUGGUCCGCAAACCCAUAAGAGACUGGUACGGUAUGUUGGACACGCUGGGUGAGUGGUUCACUGGGAGCUGUGUGGGCGUAGGACCCGAAAUCGAUGAAGGUGCUG